CACAUUCUUCAACGUUCCCCCAUUUUCCUCUCUGUACUUUUUCUUUUUUCUCUUACGAGGCCUUUUUUUUAUUCUCCGGCGAGCCUAAUCGGAGCAUAAUUUGGGGUUCUGAGUUAUCGGAUCUAACCGGGUUUAUUGGGUUAAGUUUUGACGGAUCUCCGGCGGCUGCAGAUGUCUUCGUACUGGUGUCACCAGUGUACAAGGGUUGUUAGAAUUUCAGUUGGGAACGAUGUUGUUUGUCCUCACUGUGAUGGUGGAUUUAUAGAAGUUGCUGAGGGAAAUAUUGGGUCGCCGGAAUCUCGCCGGAGGUUUCCCAUGUGGAACGAACGGCCAGAGUCAGAUCGGAGUGUGAACAUGGGUUCUCGACGGAGCAGGCGUAAUCGGGGUGAUAGAUCUCCGUUUAAUCCGGUUAUUGUUCUUCGUAGUCCAUCUGAAACUCCUGGGGAGGAUGAAGCUGCUGCAGCUGCAGAGGAGCGGAGUUACGAGCUUUAUUAUGAUGAUGGUGAAGGUUCAGGUCUCAGGCCGUUGCCGCCGACGAUGUCGGAGUUUUUGAUGGGAUCUGGGUUUGAUCGGUUACUUGAUCAGUUAGCACAGAUCGAGGUGAACGGUUUUGGUCGGCCGGAAAAUCCACCGGCGUCGAAAUCAGCGAUUGAAUCGAUGCCGAUUAUUCAAAUAGCUUGUAAUCACGUAAAUUCCGAGACCCAUUGCGCUGUUUGUAAAGAAGCUUUCGAUUUAGGAUCUGAAGCUCGAGAAAUGCCCUGUAAACACAUCUACCAUUCCGAUUGUAUUCUUCCAUGGCUAUCUCUUCGAAAUUCGUGCCCCGUAUGCCGACACGAAUUACCGGCGGAAUCAACGGAAACUACAAACUCCGACAACAUUGCUAGACCUAGAAACGAAGAAGAAGCAAUGGGAUUGACAAUAUGGAGACUUCCAGGAGGUGGGUUCGCCGUGGGAAGAUUUUCCGGUGGAAGAAGAGGAGCUGAGAGGGAACUUCCGGUAGUGUAUACAGAAAUGGACGGCGGAUUUAACAAUGGGGUACCUAGAAGAAUAGCUUGGAGAUCAAGAAGGAGCAAUACAGGUCGAAAUGGCAGUGGAAUAAGCCGAAUUUUCAACAACUUCACAUCAUUUUUCCGGCGAUUAACACCAUCUUCUCAACCCCGAUCUUUAUCCAUACAUUCCAGUAGUUCCGAAUCAUCCGGUACUGGUUCUGGAUCUGCUGUUUUGAGGAGUCGGAGUGUGUCUUCAAGCAGCUCAAUAUUCAGUAGGUAUUUGAGAAGAAGCAGAAGAAAUUGGGUACCUGAAGAGCAUAAUGGAGUAACCAGAUGGUAAUUACCUAGUCGAAAAAAAUGCCAAUUUUCAAUCAUUACUUGCUCCGCAACAAAAAAAAUUUGUAGACUAUAGUAGUCGGAGAGUAAGGCAAUGUGUGAUUGGUAGAGCAGUGGACUAGAGGAAGAAGACAAUAAUGUCGUUUUUCAAUUAUUACUUGUUGAGUGGGAGGAGCACUAAGAAAAGAGAAAGUUCAUUUUAGAGCAAUCGAGUAGAAGAUUGAGAAUUAUGGCAUAAUUUAUCUUAGAAACAUUUUGUGGGGAAUAUGUAAAUAGAGGAGAAGGCUUUGAUAUGGAAUUCAAUACAUUUUUAGUGUCAUUUUGUUGAAUUGUAGCAGUAUUAUAAUAAUAAUAGAAAGACAAUUGUAGCAGCUUCUUUAAAAUGUUCAUUGAAAGAAAACAUAAGCUGUGAAUACUAAUUUUUUUGAAUCAAA